UGUGUGUGUGUGUGUGUGUGUGUGUGUGUGUGUGUCUAUAUGUAAACUAAUUAUUUUUUAUAACUUUAUAUAUAAGUCACAAAGAGUAAAUUCAAUAUGAAAGCUGUAAAAGUUACUUGUAAUGGGGAGUCAAAAAUUGUUGUUGCCACAUCCAAUGAUCUAAAUGCAUUUAUGGCAAAUAUUUGUUCUACUUUUAAUGUUCCAAACAUAUCAAAUUUAAAAUGGCUUGGUUGUGCAGUAAACACUUUAACUUUUCCUGCAGUAAUAUGUGAGCAAUCGGUAGAAAUGACAGUAGAAGUUUCCAGUUUCAUUGAUAUUUCAAAUAGCUAUCCAUUAAACGGGUUUUUAGCUCAUUUAGAAGACUUUAACAAUUCAGAAAGAAAUCAAAUUAAUUCUGCUGUCAAUACAGAUCAACACAUCUCCUUCAAUCCCUCUCUUAAUUAUCAAUAAAAAAUUGAUAAUUAAGAGAGGGAUUGAAG